UUUUACAUGACAACCAGCUGACUCACACUGACCUCAAGCCAGAAAACAUCUUGUUUGUCAACUCGGAUUUUGACACUCUGUACAACGAGAAGAAGAGCUGCGAGGAGAAAUCCAUCCGGAACACGAGCAUUCGCGUGGCGGACUUCGGAAGCGCCACCUUCGAUCACGAGCACCACACCACUAUCGUGGCUACCCGGCACUACCGUCCACCAGAAGUGAUUUUGGAGCUGGGCUGGGCACAGCCAUGUGAUGUCUGGAGUACCGGCUGGAUUCUGUUUGAGUAUUACCGCGGCUUCACGCNUCUGCAGACCCAUGAGAACCGUGAGCAUCUCGUCAUGAUGGAAAAAAUCCUCGGGCCAAUUCCAUCUCACAUGAUCCACAAAACCCGGAAGCAAAAAUAUUUCCACAAUGGGAACCUGGUAUGGGAUGAGAACACGUCCGAUGGGAGAUACGUCCAAGAGAACUGCAAGCCCCUGCGGACAUACAUGCUGCACGACUCGCUGGAGCACGCACAGCUCUUCGAUUUGAUGAGGAGGAUGUUAGAAUUCGACCCUUCCCGGAGGAUCACGUUCUCAGAAGCCCUCCUACAUCCUUUCUUUGCUGGCCUCUCCGCAGAGGAGAGGAUGCUGUGCGGUCGAGGCCGGGACCUGAGCAGAUGA